AUGCCAACUAACUCUUCACGGACCAACGUUAGCACAGCUCACGGUCACACUCACUGUAUCGAAGCUGCUCACCGCGCGAAUGCUCUUUUCCGAAAGGCCGGAAACGGAGCUUUUUACAAGAAACACGUUGAUCAGUUGAUUCUGGAAUAUGAAGGUACCAGGGACGACGAAGAACUGCCAGAGGAAUUCCUAUCCGUUGUGGAUAAACUUAUUCUGACGGAUGAAUACGAACUCGAACCUCAAUUACAAGAUGCAUCAUCAAACCUAUUCAUAACUAUGUUUUUUACUACAAAUAACAACGAUAACGCGAACUAUGGCCCGUUAAUUAUCAUGGAACUAGCGAACCGUCCAACUUCGCACCGAAUUGCCUCAUUAUUCUCAAAGACCGAUUCGAACGUUGAUAUAAAACCCAUGAAGCAACCGAUGAGACCUCGAACCCUGAAUCGAGUCAUAUGUACCUCAACGAGAGCCGCUAUUCCUCAGAAAACUUUAAGGGCAUAG